AUGCCUAUUGUCUGUCCUUACCUAAACAAAUGUUGGAAGUGCAACGGCAAGAAGGAAAAGUAUGACAAGCCUGCAAUAGAAGAAAAUGUCUUUGAAGCCUUGGAAAAAGACUUCCAAGAAGUCAUCACUGAGCUUACAGGAGAUCAAAGCCUGGAGAAAUUUCGUGUGGAAUAUGAGAAGCUCCAUGCAGUGCUGAAAAAGUCUUAUGAGAAUGAAAAGCGUCUCAUGGCAAAAUGCAGGGAACUGAAUGCAGAGAUUGUGGUGAAUUCGGCUAAAGUAGCUGCUGCUCUGAAACUCUCCCAGGAUGAUCAGACAACAAUAGCAUCAUUGAAAAGGGAGAUCGAAAAAGCCUGGAAAAUGGUGGAUGCAGCUUAUGAGAAGGAGCAGAAAGCAAAAGAAACCAUCAUGUCUCUCAAAGAUGAAAUUUUGAACCUGACUAAAUUAGUGGAGCAAGGAUCUGGAUUAUCAUUGGGUCAAGAGCAUAACAUGCGGGAAUUGCUAAAAUUCAAGGAAGAAGUAACAAAGGAGCGAGACCAGCUUUUGUCAGAAGUUGUAAAGUUACGUGAAAAUGUAACAACUAUGGCAGAUCAACAGCAAGAGUCAGAAAAGAGCAAAAUUGAGACAGACUCCACCAUUGCUCAGCUCCAUCAAGAAAUCCAGAUGCGUCAGAAUGAGGCUUCACGGGAUAGCCGAAAGAAAGAAAAAAUGGAAAGGGAACUAAAACAGCUUCAGACAGAAUUAGAAAACAAGAUAACUGAUAUGAAGACAAUGCAACAGAAUAUGAAUAGGAACAAGGAGGAACUCCUGAAAUUAGAACAGCAACUCAAAGAGCAAAAGAUCCUGAACGAAAGAGCAACAAAAGAACUGGAACAGGCUACAGCGAGAAAUGCCAAACUUCAACAAGAGAAUGAACAGCAUAGUUUGGCCAUUGAACAACUCAUACAGGAGAACCAGCAGAAAACCAUGGAGCUGAGAUUGAGAGAAGAUGAAUUGUCUCAGAUGCGUCAAGAGAUUGCAAAGCUUUCUAAAGUGAGAGAGGUUAUGCAGCGAAAACUACGUGUUGUAGAAGAGCACAAAACACAAGCAGAAUUUGAAAGGGACACUUUUAAAAACCAGAUAAGUGGAUUGGAGAAAGAGUUGGAAUGUGCGAAAAAGCAAGCAGAGAUGGAUAAGAAAGCUAUAGAUGAACUUGUGAGAGAAAGGGAUAUACUGAACAAGAACUUGCUGAAGGCUGCUAGUGUUACUCAAAAGCAGAUGAACCUUGUUAAGCUCCAUGAACAGUCAAAGAAGAACCUGGAGGAAGAAAUUCAGAACUAUAAAGAUGAGGCUCAGAAACAGAGGAAGAUUAUCUUUCAGCUGGAGAAGGAGAGAGAUCGCUAUAUCAAUGAAGCUAGUGACCUCACACAAAAGGUCCUCCAUCACAUGGAAGAUAUCAAGGUGCGGGAAAUGCAGAUCUUUGACUACAAAAAGAAAAUAGCAGAGUCUGAAACAAAAUUAAAACAGCAACAAAACCUCUAUGAAGCUGUGAGAUCAGACAGAAACCUCUACAGUAAGAAUUUGAUUGAAGCUCAGGAUGAGAUCAAUGAAAUGCGAAAGAAGCUGAAGAUUAUGACACACCAGGUAGACCAGCUGAAAGAAGAGAUAUCUGCUAAAGAGGCAGCCCUUGUGAAAGUACAUCUGGACCAUCAGCGAAUAGAAAAAGAGAAAGAGGCCUUAAAGAGUGAACUGCUUAAAAUGAGACAACAAGCUCUGGAGACUAAACAUUUUAUUGAAAAACAAGAGGAGGAAGAAAGGAAACUCUUGAAAAUUAUUUCUGAAGCUGAUGCAGAGAGGAUGAGGCAAAAGAAAGAGUUAGACCAGGUUAUUAGUGAAAGAGACAUCCUGGGGAGCCAGCUGGUUCGGCGCAACGAUGAAUUGGCUCUUCUGUACGAGAAGAUCAAAAUCCAGCAAUCAAUUCUGAACAAGGGAGAAAUGCAGUACAGGCAAAGAGUGGAAGACAUUCGACUACUCAAGCUGGAGAUCAAGAAACUUCGUCGGGAAAAGGCAAUACUUGGCAAGAGCGUGGCUAAUGUGGAAGAACUCAGGCAGGAAGUUUAUCAUAUGCAGAAGGAGUUACUGAAGGAACGAACACGCUGUAGAGCCUUGGAGGAAGAGCUGGAGAAUCCCAUGAAUGUUCACAGAUGGAGAAAAUUAGAGGCCAGCGACCCAAGUACCUAUGAGUUGAUACAGAAGAUACAUGCAUUGCAGAAACGGCUUAUCAGUAAGACAGAAGAAGUGGUUGAAAAAGAGUUGCUCCUGCAGGAGAAAGAGAAGCUGUAUGUAGAACUGAAGCACAUCUUAGCCCGUCAACCAGGACCAGAAGCAGCAGAACAGUUACAGUUGUAUCGGCAUACCCUACGGGAGAAGACCAAGCAACUUAAAGUUUUGUCUUCUGAAUUGAACAUGUAUGAAUCACAGAGUCAAGAAUACAAAUAUGAAAUUGAAAGGCUUGCCAAUGAGCUUCUGAAUGUAAAGAAGAAAUACCUCACUCAAAAACGCAAGGAACAUGAAAACAAGGAAAAGGAGAGAGCCUUGAAUAACAUGGAACAUGACUACUCAGGACAGAGAACCAGAGUUCCACGCUUCACUGGAGGCGGUUUCCCGCUUAGCAACCCACCUCCCAAAGUGGUGGCCUAAACCAUUACAUCAUCAUGAAUCAUCACCUGCUUUGGCAUCUCCUGCUGAACCAAAACGGUGUUUUGG